AAUGUUUUUUGUAAACUUAUUUGUAUUUUCAGAGCAAUGGCAGUGCUUGAACCUUUAAAAGUUAGUAUCAGUCUAGCAAGUUCUACACCUAUAUUAUUAGAUGUUCCUAAUUUCCCUGCAGAUCCUUCUAAGGGUACACAUAAAGUGAUAUUUUCAGAUGUGAUAUAUAUAGAACAAUCAGAUUUUAAAGAGGUAUCCCCAAAUAAUCAGUAUAAAAGGUUAAGUGUUGCUCAGCCUGUUGGUUUGCGACAUACUGGCUAUAUUAUAUCAGUGAAAGAAGUAAUCAAGGACAAAAAUAACAAGAUAGUUGAGUUGAAAACUAUAGGUACUCCAGUUGCAAAUGCUAAGAAACCGAAAGCCUUUAUUCAUUGGGUUGCAGAACCUCUAGAAUGUGAAGUCCGAUUGUAUGAACGAUUAUUUAAACAUAAAAACCCAGAAGACCCAAAGGAAGUUCCUGGAGGAUUUAUAACUGAUUGUAAUAAGAAAUCACUUCAGUGCAUUAGUAGUGCCUUUGUUGAUACAUCAGUAAAAGAAGCAAAGGUUCAUGAUAAAUUUCAGUUUGAAAGGUUGGGUUUCUUUAGUGUGGAUCCAGAUUCAACAUCUGAAAAAUUAGUUUUCAAUCUAACAGUUAGCCUUAAAGAAGAUGCUGGAAAAGACUAACAAUCAAUAUAACUAUGUGAAAAAAAUUAAAAUAAAAUAGUGAGAAUACAAA